UCUGCACUCAUCACAUCAUACUUUAUCUCCUCUUUUCAAGACACGCCAGCGGCCAUGUUGAAGUUUCACUCAGUCUUUCUCUGUCUGAUGGUCAUCAUGUUCAACCGAGACCAGGCCGCGCUCCUCUCCCUUCUACUGAUCAAUAUGUGCCACGGCUCUGAAGAGAUUGAACACAGGGAUAAGCUGGUGUCCAGAGGAGACUCCGUCAUCUUAACCUGCAACAGAUCUGAGACACAACUAACGCAAAUCACAUGGACCAAAGGCAGAUUUGUGCAUUCGUUUUUGUUCUCAGGGAAUCAGACUUUAUCAAAUUUCACAUCUGACAGACUGAGAAUAGACAACAACUCACCUUCAACGAUGAAUAUUUAUAACGUUCAGCAUGACGAUGCAGGAACCUACAGAUGUUGUAUAACUGCCGAGAAAGUUUCAUGGACCAUUGAGUGGAAUUUAAAUGUGUCUGGAGAAGCUGAAGAAACCAGUCCACUGAGCAACCUUCCCUACAUACUCACAGCAGUAAUUGGAUUUCUUCUCUGUGUAGUCGCAGCUGUCGGCCUCUAUAGAAAACUCCGGGCCAGGUCACCAAAUCAGAGUCCGGUCCCGGACCGGUCUCAUCUCCACUCAGUAGAGAGGACCUCCACUGACACUGGGGCCAACAAGCGCAGGAGUCAGUACCUAGAGACGCUGAAUUCAAUCUACAGCCUCGAAUGAGCUGAUGAGACACUUUAAUGAAAGUUAAACGAGAGACAUGGACCAACCCGGGGGCUUCAAGGGAAGGCAACCACAGGGAGGACAACUUUUAGUUUAGUGUAGUUUAUUUCGAUCAGCAAUAAUAUACAAAAUCAAAACAAACAAACAAAAAUUCAACAGAAGAAGAAAGUGGCUGACCGAAAGGGUCAAGGCUGAAGCUAUCAAGCUUAUAAAUGCCCUAACCUAUGGUUUCAUGAAAAUACUUAUUUUCGAGAACCAUAUACAUAUAUAUAUAUAUAUACAUAAACAUAUAAACAUGCAUACAAAUUCACACACCCAUAUAAACAUAUAUACACACAUAAAUACACAUACCUACAUAUACAUAAAACAAUCAACAAAACAAAAACAAAAAAAACUUGUCCCCAUUACCAGUUACUUAUAAUACGUCAUCAAUACGUCUGUACUUGUCCAGAGUCAUGUCUUUAAAUUUUUUUUUGAAUAUCACCAGAUUCAUACUUUCCUUGAUGUCAUCAGUUAAACUAUUCCACUGUUUCACCCCACAGACAGAUGUACACAUGUUUUUUAAAGUUGAAUGAACAAUUGGUUGUUUAAAAUUCCAUCUCCCUCUUAGUUCAUACUCUCCUUCUCUAUCUCUAAACAUCUUUUGAAUAUUUCCAGGAAGUGAAUUAUGUUUAGCUUUGUACAGAAUUUGUGCUGUUUUGAACUCUACUAUAUCCAUAAGUUUCAGUGUAUGUGAUUUUAAGAACAGAGAAUUGGUGUGUUCAAGAUAUCCUACAUUAUUUACUAUUCUAAUUGCUCUCUUUUGCAUGAUGCAUAAUGGCUGUAGGGUGCUUUUGUAGGUGUUCCCCCACACUUCAACACAAUAGGUCAUGUAUGGUAGAAUGAGAGUGUAAUAUAAUGUCUGCAAUGAUUUAUAAUUAAGUAUGUGCCGUGUUUUGCCUAAUAUCCCUACAGUUCGUGCUAAUUUGGACCUUACAUACUUGACAUGUUGUUUCCAGCUAAAGUUGUGGUCGAUUAUCACACCCAAAAACAUAUUCUCGAAAACUCUUUCCAGCCUAACACUAUCCAACAUUAAUUCUACUGGAGUAUUCGGAUGUAUAUUUUUAUUACCAAAAACCAUAAAUUUUGUUUUUUUAAUGUUUACUGAUAAUUUAUUGACAUCGAACCACAACUUUAGCUUACUCAAUUCUGCCGUGACAACCUCCAACAGCUGCUGAAGGUUCUCCCCAGCACAGAAUACAUUAGUGUCAUCAGCAAAAAUAAGAUAAUUCAAUAUUUUAGAAACAUUGCAGAUGUCAUUGAUGUACAGUAUAAAUAAUUUCGGUCCAAGAAUUGACCCCUGCGGAACACCACAUAAAAUAUCUAAGAGAGGUGACCUAGUUACACCCAUCUGAACAAACUGUUUUCUGUUUUCAAUGUAACUUUUUAACCAAUUUAGCCCUACCCCUCUAAUCCCAUACCUUUCCAGUUUAUGUAUUAAAAUACCAUGAUCAAU